ACAUCAUUCACAAUCACUAGACAUCAUUUAACAUCAGUAGAGAUCAUUCACCAUCUGGAGACAUCAUUCACCAUCACUAGACAUCAUUCACCAUCAGUAGACAUAAUUCACAACCACUAGACGUUAUUCACCAUCUAAAGACAUCAUUUACCAUCACUAGACAUCAUUCACCAUCAGUAGACAUCAUUGACCGUCAGUAGACAUCAUUCACUGUCAGUAGACAUCAUUCACUGUCACUUGACAUCACUCACUAUUUGAGACAUCAUCCACAAUCACUAUACAUUAUUCAUCAUCAACGAGAUCAUUUUACCAUCUGCAGACAUCAGUAGCCAUCAGAAGACAUACCAUGCCAGUAGACAUCAUUUAUUAUCAGUAAAUAUCAUUCACCGUCAUUAGACAUCAUUCACCAUAAGUAGACAUCAUUUGCCAUCAGUAGACAUCAUUAAUUUUGCUGUCCCUAGACUUCAUUCCUUAUCAGUAGAUUUCAGUCACUAUCAGUAGACAUCAUUUACCAUUGCAGGGCGUCAUUCACCAUCAUUAGACAUCAUUCCCAGUCAGUUGACAUCAAUAUAGACAUCGUUCACCAUCAGUAGACAUUAUUCACCAUCAGUAGAUAUCAUUCACCAUCUGUAGACAUCAUUCACAAUCACUAGACAUCAUUUACCAUCGGUAGACAUCAUUCACCAUCUGGAGACAUCAUUCACCAUCACUAGACAUCAUUCACCAUCAGUAGACAUAAUUCACCAUCAGCAGACAUCAUUCACUGUCAGUAGACAUCAUUCACUGUCAGUAGACAUCAUUCCUUGUCACUUGACAUCACUCACUAUCUAGCAUAGUAUAGUAUAUCUUUAUUGUGCCUUACUCUCUAAAGGGAGGCAUCGGUCUAGUCACAAUAAAGGUUUUUUCAACUACAACAAAUUUAAAAAGAAAGAAAUAUGAACGGAAACGAUAAAAUUAUACGGCAUAUACCAUGUCGAUAAUAAUUAUGCUAUAAUUUAAUUACCUAAUCAAUUGGAUUUUUGACUCAGGAACUGUUUUAUCUAUCUGAGACAUCAUCCACAAUCCCUAGACAUUAUUCACCAUCGGCAGACAUCGUUUACCGUCAAUAGACAUCAUUCACCAUCAGUAGACAUUUUUCAACAUCAGUAGACAUCAUUCACCAUCAGUAGACAUCUUUCACCAUCAGUAGACAUCAUUCACCAUCAGUAGACAUCAUUCACCGUCAAUAGACAUCAUUCACCGUCAGUAGACACCAUCCACCAUCAGUACACAUCAUUCAGCAUCAGAAGACAUUUAUUCACCAUCAUUAAACAUCAUUCACCGUCACUAGAUAUCUUUCACCAUCAGUAGACAUCAUCCACAAUCACUAGACAUUAUUCACUAUCAGCUGACAUCAGUCACCGUCAGUAGACAUCUUUCACCAACAGUACACAUCAUUCACCAUCAGCUGACAUCAGUCACCGUUGGUAGACAUCUUUCACCAACAGUACACAUCAUUCACCAUCAGUAGACAUCAUCCAAAAUCACUAGACGUUAUUCACCAUCAGUAGACAUCAUUCACUGUCAAUAGACAUCAUUCACCGUCAGUAGACACCAUCCACCAUCAGUACACAUCAUUCAGCAUCAGUAGACAUUUAUUCACCAUCAUUAAACAUCAUUCACCGUCACUAGAUAUCUUUCACCAUCAGUAGACAUCAUCCACAAUCACUAGACAUUAUUCACUAUCAGCUGACAUCAGUCACCGUCAGUAGACAUCUUUCACCAACAGUACACAUCAUUCACCAUCAGCUGACAUCAGUCACCGUUGGUAGACAUCUUUCACCAACAGUACACAUCAUUCACCAUCAGUAGACAUCAUCCAAAAUCACUAGACGUUAUUCACCAUCAGUAGACAUCAUUCACUGUCAAUAGACAUCAUUCACCGUCAGUAGACACCAUCCACCAUCAGUACACAUCAUUCAGCAUCAGUAGACAUUUAUUCACCAUCAUUAAACAUCAUUCACCGUCACUAGACAUCAUUCACCGUCACUAGACAUCAUUCACCAUCAGUAGACAUCAUCCACAAUCACUAGACAUUAUUCACCAUCAGCUGACAUCAGUCAUCGUCAGUAGACAUCUUUCACCAACAGUACACAUCAUUCACCAUCAGUAGACAUCAUCCACAAUCACUAGACAUUAUUCACCAUCAGCUGACAUCAGUCACCGUCAGUAGACAUCUUUCACCAACAGUACACAUCAUUCACCAUCAGUAGACAUCAUCCACAAUCACUAGACAUUAUUCACCAUCAGCUGACAUCAGUCACCGUCAGUAGACAUCUUUCACCAACAGUACACAUCAUUCACCAUCAGUAGACAUCAUCCACAAUCACUAGACAUUAUUCACCAUCAGCUGACAUCAGUCACCGUCAGUAGACAUCUUUCACCAACAGUACACAUCAUUCACCAUCAGUAGACAUCAUCCACAAUCACUAGACAUUAUUCACCAUCAGCUGACAUCAGUCACCGUCAGUAGACAUCUUUCACCAACAGUACACAUCAUUCACCAUCAGUAGACAUCAUCCACAAUCACUAGACAUUAUUCACCAUCAGCUGACAUCAGUCACCGUCAGUAGACAUCUUUCACCAACAGUACACAUCAUUCACCAUCAGUAGACAUCAUCCACAAUCACUAGACAUUAUUCACCAUCAGCUGACAUCAGUCACCGUCAGUAGACAUCUUUCACCAUCAGUACACAUCAUUCACCAUCAGUAGACAUCAUCCACCAACAGUACACAUCAUUCACCAUCAGUAGACAUCAUCCACAAUCACUAGACAUUAUUCACCAUCAGCUGACAUCAGUCACCGUCGGUAGACAUCUUUCACCAACAGUACACAUCAUUCACCAUCAGUAGACAUCAUCAACAAUCACUAAACAUUAUUCACCAUCAGUAGACAUGAUUCACUGUCAAUAAACAUCAUUCACCAUCAGUGGACAUCAUUCACCGUCCAUAGACAUCAUUUACCAUCAGUAGACAUUUUUCACCAUCAGUAGACAUCCUUCACCGUCUGUAGACAUCAUUCACUGUCACUGGACAUCACUCACUAUUUGAGACAUCAUCCACAAUCACUAGACAUUAUUCACCAUCAAUGAUAUCAUUUUACCAUCUGCAGACAUCAGUAGCCAUCAGAAGACAUACCAUGCCAGUAGACAUCAUUCAUUAUCAGUAAAUAUCAUUCACCGUCAUUAGACAUCAUUCACCAUAAGUAGACAUCAUUUGCCAUCAGUAGACAUCAUUUGCUGUCACUUGACUUCAUUCCUUAUCAGUAGAUUUCAGUCACUAUCAGUAGACAUCAUUUACCAUUGCAGGGCGUCAUUCACCAUCAUUAGACAUCAUUCCCAGUCAGUUGACAUUAAUAUAGACAUCGUUCACCAUCAGUACACAUUAUUCACCAUCAGUAAACAUCAUUAACCGUCAGUAGAUAUCAUUCACCAUCUGUAGACAUCAUUCACAAUCACUAGACAUCAUUUACCAUCAGUAGACAUCAUUCACCAUCAGUAGACAUAAUUCACAAUCACUAGACGUUAUUUACCAUCUGGAGACAUCAAUCACCAUCACUAGACAUCAAUUACCAUCACUAGACAUUAUUCACCACCAGUAGACAUCAUUCAACGUCAGUAGACAUCAUUCACUGUCAGUAGACAUCAUUUACUGUCACUUGACAUCACUCACUAUCUGAGAUAUCAUCCACAAUCAUUAGGCAUUAUUCACCAUCGGUAGGCAUCGUUUACCGUCAAUAGACAUCAUUCACCGGCAGUAGACAUUAUUAACCAUCAGUAGACAUUAUUUACCGUAAGUAGACAUCAUUCACCGUCAAUAGACAUCAUUCACUGUCAGUGGACAUCAUUCACCGUCAGUACACAUCAUUCACCAUCAGUAGACAUCGUUCACCAUCAGUAGACAUUAUUCACCAUCAUAGACAUUAUUCACUGUCAGUAGACAUCAUCCUCAAUCACUAGACAUUAUUCACCGUCAGUGAACAUCAUUCACCAUCAGUAAACAUAAUUCACUAUCUGUAGACACCAUUCACAAUCACUAAACAUCAUUCACCAUCAGUAGACGUCAUUCACAAUCACGAGACAGUAUUCACCAUCUGGAGACAUCAUUCACCAUCACUAGACAUCAUUCGCCAUUACUAGACAUCAUUCGCCGUCAGUAGACACCAUUCCCCAUCAGUAGACAUCAUUUACCGUCACUUGAUAUCACUCACUAUCCGAGACAUCAUCCACAAUCACUAGACAUUAUUCACCAUCAUUAGAUAUCAUUUUACCAUCUGUAGACAUCAUUCGCCAUUAGAAGAGAUACCUCGCCAGUAGACAUCAUUCAUUAUCAGUAAAUAUCAUUCACCAUUAUUGGACAUCAUUCACCGUAAGUAGACAUCAUUCGCCAUCAGUAGACAUCAUUUACUGUCACUAG